GGGAAAUUUUGGUCGAGCAGCGAUAUCGAACCCCCGACCAGCUAGGACACUCAGGGCCACAAUCUCAUCUUUCUAUAGCCCCUUGUCCGUUGGCUCACAGACUUCCCUUUUCUCCGCCGUCCUUCCUUGAAAUAAUCUCAUCAAAAUGGCCUUCGCUGGCCAAGCACCCACGAUCAUCGUGCUCAAGGAGGGCACCGAUACCUCCCAGGGCAAGGGUCAGAUCAUCUCCAACAUCAAUGCCUGUGUUGCCGUGCAAUCCACGAUCAAGAGCACUCUCGGUCCUUAUGGAGGGGACUUGUUGAUGGUGGACGGCAACGGUAGACAGACCAUCACCAACGAUGGAGCUACUGUGAUGAAGCUUCUCGAUAUCGUUCACCCCGCCGCCCGCAUUCUCACGGACAUUGCCCGCUCUCAAGAUGCUGAGGUGGGCGACGGAACAACGUCGGUUGUCGUCCUCGCCGGUGAAAUUUUGAAGGAAGUUCGCGAACUUGUCGAGCAGGGUGUCAGUUCACAGACCAUCGUCAAGGGUCUACGGAGGGGAAGUGCGAUGGCCGUCAACAAGAUUAAGGAGAUCGCCGUGGACGUGAUCGAGUCUGCGGGAAGUGAGGAAAAGAAGGUUGAGACGCUCCGCCGUCUGGCCGGAACGGCGAUGAACAGCAAGCUGAUCAAGCGGAACUCGGACUUCUUCACCAAGAUGGUGGUGGAUGCCGUGCUUUCGCUCGACCAGGACGACCUUAACGAGAAGCUGAUCGGUGUGAAGCGGGUUACUGGUGGUGGUCUCCAGGAAUCUCUGUUCGUUAACGGUGUCGCCUUCAAGAAGACCUUCUCGUACGCCGGUUUCGAGCAACAGCCCAAGUACUUCAAGGACCCCAAGAUUGUCUGCCUGAACGUCGAGCUGGAGUUGAAGAGUGAGAAGGACAACGCCGAGGUGCGCGUCGAGCAUGUGUCGGAGUACCAGGCCAUCGUCGAUGCCGAGUGGCAGAUCAUCUACAACAAGCUGGAGGCUAUCUACAAGACCGGAGCCAAGGUUGUUCUCAGCAAGCUCCCCAUCGGUGAUUUGGCUACGCAAUACUUUGCGGAUCGGGACAUCUUCUGUGCUGGUCGCGUUGCGGCCGAUGAUAUGGAUCGGGUCUGCCAGGCGACCGGAGCGGCUACCCAGUCGACCUGCAGCGACAUCCAGGAACGCCACCUGGGUACCUGCGGUAUUUUUGAGGAGCGCCAGAUCGGUGGUGAGCGUUACAACCUCUUCUCCGAGUGCCCUAAGGCCAAGACCUGCACCCUUGUGCUGCGUGGUGGAGCGGAGCAGUUCAUCGCCGAGGUCGAGCGCAGUCUGCACGACGCCAUCAUGAUUGUCAAGCGUGCUCUCCGCCACACGACCAUUGUCGCGGGUGGUGGUGCUACCGAGAUGGAACUGUCCAGCUUCAUGCACGGCUUUGCGGACCGCAACGUGCCCCACAAGCAGCAGGCGGUCGUCAAGGCGUUCGCCAAGGCCCUGGAGGUGAUCCCCCGCCAGCUGUGCGAUAACGCAGGUUUCGAUGCGACGGACAUUUUGAACCGGCUGCGGGUGGAGCACCGCAAGGGCAACGUCUGGGCUGGUGUCGACUUUGAUCACGAGGGUGUUCGGGACAACAUGGCGGCUUUCGUGUGGGAGCCCAGUCUGGUCAAGGUGAACGCCAUUCAGGCGGCAGUGGAGGCUGCAUGCUUGAUCUUGAGUGUGGACGAGACGAUCAAGAACGAAGAGUCGGCCCAAGCUCAGGCCCCAACACGAGGCCUGCCGCCGGGUGCUGCCCAGCGGGCGCUUGGAGGAGGUCGCGGACGUGGCAUGCCCCGACGUGGACGGUAAAUGUCGGAAGACGAAGGAUGGAUUGGGAUAGGUUGGAGGGAGGAAGAGAGG